AUGAACGGACAUACCACUGGAGGACAGCCGCCCUUGACGCCAGGUCGUCGACUGCGACAAUUGCUAGAGCCUGGUCGCGACAUAGUCAUGGCUCCUGGCGUGUAUGACGGGUUCAGCGCGAGGAUUGCGCUCGAGGUCGGAUUCGAUUGUCUCUACAUGACUGGAGCGGGAACCUGUGCUUCAAGACUCGGACAACCCGACCUGGGUCUCGCGACCCUCAACGACAUGCGCGAGCACGCCGAAAUGCUGGCGAACCUCGACCCGACCGUCCCUCUCAUCGCCGACGCCGACACCGGGUACGGCGGUCCCAACAAUGUCGCUCGCACGGUCGAGCAGUAUCAUCGCUCCGGCGUCGCGGGGUUGCACAUCGAGGACCAGAUCCAGACGAAGCGCUGCGGUCAUCUUGCAGGCAAGGAGGUCGUCAGCGUCGAUAUCUUUGCGCAACGCAUCGCUGCCGCGGCACAGGCACGGGAGAGGAUCGGUUCCGACAUUGUCAUCAUUGCUCGAACCGAUGCUCUGCAAACACAUGGUUUCGACGAGGCGACCCGGCGGUUAAAAGCCGCCAUCAAGGCCGGAGCCGACGUCGCGUUUCUGGAAGGUAUCACCUCAGAUGAGGAGGCGAGGACAAUAUGUCAAGUCCUCGCGCCCACUCCUGUCCUGUUGAACAUGGUGGACCACGCCGCCACGCCGUCGUGGACGGCCAAGGAGGCACAGAAGCUCGGAUUUCGCCUCAUGAUCACCCCAUUCCUCGCGCUGGCACCCGCGUAUUAUGCCAUACGUGAGAAUUUUCAAAAUUUCAAAAAGACUGGUCGCACCGGAGUGCCCACUGAUUUCACCCCAAAGAAACUGUUUUCCACCGUGGGCCUGGAACGAGCCACAGCAAUCGAUGCGGCGGCAGGCGGCAGCUUGUAUAGCAAGGUUUAG